UUGUGAAUGUCAAUUGCUCAGGCACUCCUUAAGCUCCCUCUCCGCCAUCGCCAGGUUCCUCCAUCAUUCUGCAACUCAUCGUUCACUUCUCUUUCACUGAACAGUCAAACAGUUUGGAGCAUCUGCAAAUUCCCCUCGAAUGGAUUCAUGGGAGUGCUUCAGCAUUGUUUCGCUUUAGCAUUCCGACCUCUUGACAUGCAUUCUGUCUGAUAUGUAUCACAGACUUGGCGCAAACCACCUCGUCUUUCGAGCUAGUAUCACCAAGUGCGUCAAGGUUGGUCUAGUUGAUGAAGCCGUGCGGAUAUUCGAUGAGAUGACUCAAUCCAGUUGCCCUGUAACUAGCAGAGACUACAAUCGCUUCAUUGGUGUUUUGAUUAGCCGCUCACGUUUCGAUUUGGCCGAAAGCUAUUACUCGAUAAUGAUACCAAAAGGUUUUUCUCUUACCCCAUUUACUUAUUCCAGGUUCAUUUCUGCUUUAUGUGAAAUUAAGAAUUUCGGGCUCAUAGGAAGGCUCUUAGAAGAUAUGUAUAAACUUGGCUAUCUUCCUGACAUUUGGGCAUUUAAUAUAUAUUUGAAUCUCUUAUUCCGAGAGAACUUUUUAGAAUUGGCUCUAGAGUUUUUUGACGAAAUGGUUGCGAAAGGAAGGGAACCUGAUGUUGUAACAUACACUAUAAUAAUUGAUAGAUUGUGCAAAGCCAAACAAUAUGACAAAGCUGUCGAGUUUUGGCGUUGUAUGGUUAAUAAGGGGAUUAGUCCGGACAUGAAAGCCUGUACAGCCCUCGUUGUUGGGCUCUGCGAUGGUGGGAAGGUUGAUUUAGCCUAUGAGCUUACGGUUGGUGAAAUGAAGGGUCAGAUGAAGUUCAACAACUUGAUUUUUAAUUCUUUGAUGAGCGGGUUUUGUAAGGCUGGCCGGAUUUCCAAGGCACUGGCCAUCAAGUCAUUCAUGAGUAAAAAUGGCUGCGAGCCGGAUUUAGUUACUUACAAUAUUUUGCUGAAUUUCUUUUGUGAUGGGCUGAUGUUAGAAGUGGCAGGAAAGUCUAUGAAAAAGAUGGAGAGGAUAGGAAUGGAGCCUGAUGUGUAUAGUUACAAUCAAUUUCUUAAGGGUCUUUGCAAAGCUAAUAGAUUGGAUAAGGCAUAUAAAUUGAUGAAUAAAAUGUGGGAAAAAGGGUUGUGUGAUACCGUUUCAUACAAUACUGUGAUAGGUGCAUUAUGCAAAGCAUUGGCAACUAGAAAAGCAUACAAGCUGUUUGAGGAAAUGGGCCGGAAAGAUGUUACUCCAGAUGUGGGAACGUUUGCUACUCUUAUAAAAGCAUUUCUUAGAGAAGGUAGCUCCCAUAUAGCGAAGAAACUUCUUCAAAAAAUGACGGAGACAGUUCUGUUACCUGAUCACAUAUUUUAUACAACGGUUGUAAAUUACCUUUGUAAGACAGGGAAAAUUGAGAUGGCCCAAGGUGUCUUUCAUGACAUGAUAGAGAUAGGAAUCUCCCCCGAUGUGGUUUCUUAUAAUGCACUUAUAAGUGGACUUUGCAAGGCCUUCAAAGUUAGUAAGGCCAUGUUACUGUAUGAGGAAAUGCAAAUUAGAGGAUGCUAUCCUGAUGAGGUAACUUUCAAACUGAUAAUUAGAGGACUUUUACGAGAAAAGAAACUUUCUUUAGCUUGUCAGGUCUGGGAUCAGAUGAUGGAGAAGGGCUAUACACUUGACAGAUUUGCAUCUGAGACUCUCAUUAAUGCCAUUCAGUCAAGGGAUGCUGGUUAACUAUGGAACUAGAACCAAAUGGGCCUCUUAAAGAUAUAAAUCAUAUUUUGAUGCGACUGUUCAUCUGUGGUAUCAACGGGAGAUCCUUCGGCAAUUGCAAGAUUCGAUCUUCCUUUCUUGAAGACUUGGACCAGCUCUUUGACUUCUGGUGCUCCAUUCCAUGCUUGCAUAUACUUCCAUUUAAUCCAUUGGAGUUUCCUGGAGGGGUUGAGUUAUAUUUAUACCACAGACAUGGAGGUGCAUAGCUUUACUGCAUUGCACCUGUCUUGCAGAAAUUACCCUGACAGUGUCCAAAUUCCUUCUAUCAUCGCCGCAUCUCGGGGCUCGUGAUCAUUACAGAAGUCAGUAGGUGGGAAAGCAUUACCUGGCAUCGAAAACAAAGGGAUCGGGGAUCGAGGAUUGUAUUUCAUCAUUACAUUGAUGAUAAAAUUUAUGAACGGCAAUGCAGUUGUGAAAUGAGAUCAAAGUUGAGGCCCUUUCUUGCUCUAAACACGUUAAAUCUGGGUUGCACAUUGUUACCAUUUUUCUUUCCCAUCUUGUUCAAGGGAACUUGUGUUGAGGUAUAUCUCUGUAUAGUUAAAAUUUUGCACGAAAAAAAUCUAUAUUUGUAUUUGUGUAUGUAAUACAUAGUUCAUAAAGUAUCUAGGUAUUAUGUAAUUGCAAUGAAAAUCCAUGAAUUGAAUUCA